UAAUACUUCCUGUUUGACGUCAUCUCCUGCUAAGUGGAGGUCACGUGUAGAAGAGAACUUUAAUUCUUUUCCUCAUGUUAAAAGUGUGUCGUAUGUUUACUGACGUUUGUGUUUCGUUUAUUAAUUGAAAUUAAGGUCGUUUUACAUUAGCCAAUUUAUAUGCUGUAAUUGGUGAAAGCUUUGAUUUUGCUAAAUUACUUGAAAUGGGAAAGGUGUAGAAUAUCUUUGCUAUUUUCUCAGAUGACACUCACUCAGUUAAAAUCCUGCCAGUGGGAUAAUUGAAUGAAAAGCUAAUGAAAUUCUGAAAUCUUCAGAAGUGGCAAGCUUGGGGUGCAUAAUGCCCCACGCUAUGGCAUUAAAAUUAAUCGGAGACCUGUAAUUCUUAUGAAAACUCAUUUCCAAUGAAUUCAAGUGAAGGCCGUUUGACUUCCCUGUCUAGCUCUGAUUAUGAUGAUUACGAAGAUUUAAAGCCUCCUGAUUCAGAGGAUGAAAUUGAUCAUAAUGAAAGUAGAGAAGGCCCACCCUAUAUUCCAUUUGCUCACAUUCAUGCACCAUCCCUUGGAUUUGAGGAUUUGAGAUUGACUAUGCUUAUUCCAAAUAGGCCAAUACGACUUAAAAUUAUAGAUGCAUUUAGAGUUCCUGGCUCAUCUAUUAUGAAUCCUAAUUUAUAUGUUAUUCAUUUACAACAUGGAAACUUCGAAUGGAUAAUUAAAAAGCGCUAUAAGCAUUUUCAAAGACUGCAUCAACAGUUACUUCUUUUUCGUGCCUCACUUUCUCUUCCAAUUCCUACACGCAGAUAUAGGGAAAGAAGGAAGAGUUUUAAGCACAGGAAAACACUUCCAUUGUUUCCACGUCGACCUGAAGCUUUAAUUCAACCAGAUCAACUUUCUCAUAGAGCAGAGCAACUUGAAAAAUAUUUAAGAAAUCUUCUUCGAAUUCCAUUGUAUAAAAGUCAUUAUGAGACAAUGAACUUUUUAGAAAUUGGACCUCUGUCUUUUAUAAAUGAUUUAGGACAAAAAGGGAAAGAAGGUUUGGUAUUAAAACGUUCUGGAGGUCAUCUGACUAAAGCUGUUUGCUUAAAAUUAAGACGAGCAAUAACAGAAUGUUGUGGUUUCUGGAGAAAAAGAUGGCUUGUUGUUAAAGAUAGUUUUGUUGCCUAUAUUAGGCCAAAAGAUGGCAAAAUUAAGUCUGUUUUAUUAAUGGAUAGUUAUUUUAAUGUGGAAUGUGGUCUUGCAGCAACAGGAAUUCAUCAUGGAUUAUUAAUAACAAAUCUCAGCAGGCAAUUGUUAGUAAAAUGUUGGACAAAAAGGAAAGCUAGAGAAUGGAUGCAACAUAUUGUGGAAACUUCAAAUACUCUUUCCAGAGAUUUUACUCAGCCUAAUCGGUUUGAUUCAUUUGCACCAGUGAGAUUUUGUGUUGACUGUCGAUGGUUUAUAGAUGGAGGAACUUAUUUUGAAGCAAUUGCUGAUGCAAUAGAAAGAGCAAAGGUAGAAAUAUUUAUAGCAGAUUGGUGGUUAAGUCCUGAAAUUUACUUAAAACGUCCUGUCAUUCAAGGUGAAUUAUGGAGAUUGGAUAGAGUUUUGCAGAGAAAAGCUGAAGAAGGAGUUAAAAUUUUUGUAUUACUUUACAAAGAAGUUGAAUUAGCACUUGGAAUCAACAGUUACUAUAGCAAAAAACAACUUGCCCAAUUACAUCCGAAUAUAAAGGUGCUGCGUCAUCCUGAUCAUGUUACUGGAGGAGUUCUUUUAUGGGCACAUCAUGAAAAAAUUGUAGUUAUCGAUCAGACAUACGCAUUUUUAGGAGGCAUAGAUUUGUGCUAUGGGCGUUGGGAUGAUUAUCUUCAUAGACUAACUGAUCUUGGGGGUAUUCACAAACCAGUACAGAAUAAAUCUGGUUAUACACCACCUCCAAGAAGAUGUUGUUCUACAUCUGAUUUAACAAUGGCUGCCCAUGACAGUGAAAAAUUCAUGUAUCAAGCAAAAGAAAUGCAUUAUAACAAACUCCAUAGGCAUGAUUCAGCUGAAAGUUUACCAAAUUUUGAUUUAACAAUUACUGCACCAAGAAUUGAAAUAGAUGAAGAUAUUAAAAAUGUCACAUUUGGAGAUAAUUUUAAUACUCAGGAAGAUGAUAAAUACAAAAAGAAGGAAAAGGAUGUUCCUGAUGGAUCAGCAAUAUCUAGGCCAAGGUUCACCACAAAGUUAAAAACUCAGAGAGUUAUGCAAGCAGUUGCUAGAUUUCAUGCACUUAAACAUCGUUUACAUCAUAAAGGUCAUUCUAUCGACUCUUUACGAAUGGGAGCAAGAACUGACAGUUUGGGAAUUCCAUCAUUUGAACUUCGACGAACUGCAAGUGAAGUUGCAUUAAAUCAGAUGGGAUUACAAGGAUCAUGUAAACUUUGGUUUGGAAAAGAUUAUUCAAAUUUUAUAACAAAAGAUUUUGUGAAUCUUGAUAGGCCUUAUCAAGAUCUUGUCGAUCGUACCGUUACACCACGAAUGCCUUGGCACGAUAUUGGUGUUUUAGUACAGGGAAGUGCAGCUAGAGAUGUUGCCCGUCAUUUCAUCCAAAGAUGGAACUUCACAAAAUUGGAGAAGGCCAAAAAUUAUGAUGCUUAUCCUUAUCUUUUGCCAAAAAAUUAUGAAAAUGUCACAAACAUUCCCCCAUUACCAUUGAGUUCAGUUGGUAUACUUUACACUACAAACUGCCAGAUCCUUCGUAGUGUCUCGACUUGGUCUGCAGGCAUCAGAACAACAGAAAGGUCGAUUCAUUCUGCUUAUGUAAAUUUAAUCAAUAAUGCAAAACAUUUUAUUUAUAUUGAGAAUCAAUUUUUCAUUACACAAGCUGCUGGACAUAAGGAUGUUUUCAAUGAAAUUGGAGAAGCCUUAUAUCAUCGAAUUAUGAAAGCACAUAAGAAUAACGAAACAUUCAGAGUGUAUGUUGUAAUGCCAUUAUUACCAGCUUUUGAAGGUGAAAUUGGCACUACUACUGGGACAGCCAUCCAAGCAAUAACUCAUUGGAAUUAUGCAUCAAUCUGUCGAGGUCCAGGUUCAUUAAUUCAAAGGCUGUCGACAGAAAUUGAUGAUCCAAUAUCAUAUAUAUCAUUCUAUGGGUUAAGAAAUUAUAGCACCUUAAAUGAUAAACUGGUAAGUCUAUUAUUUUCCUAAUUCUAAGUUAUUAUCAGUAAAAACAACUAUUUUGUUUUUAUGGAUAAUAACUAUUUUGACUAGCUUCAGGUUUUCACAAACAUAAAAUUUCAGAAAUUUGAAGUAGUACUCUACAAUUAAAAUUAAAAAUGCUGAUUGGAUGGCCAAGAUAGACAAGGCAUUAACCUACCACUCUGGGAAAUCGGGGAUUAAAUCUGAGCACUUAAAAAACACCAAGAAUUUUUCAUUGAUGGCCUAUCCUGAAAAUGUCAGGCUUUGUCCCUUACUAUCUUGGUUGCCCUAUUGUGGGCCUGGCCAAACCAAAGCUUGAAAAAAGACCCUCUUAAUCCCCACAGGAUAGGAAAAGUCCAAAAAAAAAGUUAAAAAUGGGAAAAUGUUCUAAACAUAUGUUAGAUAUAAUCUAAACAUUAAAAAAUAUACGUACAGUAUAUAUUUGAUAUCCAUUAAAGGCUAAAAAUUUAAAAUGCAACAAUUUCCCAAUUAAAUCUUAUCAUUUGAUAAACAUUAUCAUUUAAUGAAUACUAUGAUAUGCUUCUUGUCUAGUCUUCUCAAUGGUUAGUGAGCGCUAAGAUUGGCUUUACUUUACUUCUAGACUUAUUACACCACCACAGGACAUCAAAUUAGAUUUAGAAAAACACUAUUUUAUUUUCAGAAUGCAUUUCGGACAUAGAGUCCCUCAUCAGCUAUUUGCUACAAAAUUAAUAGGAGGUUAACAAUUUUAUAAAAAGGCCGUGAUUGACAGAAAUGAACAAAAAUGUGGACUUACAUUUGACAUGUGGAUUCGACGCGUUGAACAUUAAUUAAAAGAUUAAGCAUACGAUAUACAAGAUUUCUCGUUAAAAACGGUAAUGUUGGUGCAAUAACGUAAUAAUAAACAGAGGUACUGGUAAAACAGUAAAGUUAUAAAAAUAUACAUUGUUAACAAAAUGAUAAGUAAAUUCACAGUAACACGAACAGAGUAAGAAGACGAUUCGAAGUACAUUCCAGGGUGACUGUCACCCUCACCCCUAUCCGUUUUCACACCUCUCCCCUCCCCCCACGCCUCCUCUGGUCAAAUAUGCGUACCACGAUUCAUGUAAUUUUUGGCCAGAGUUAUUAUUCAUGAUUUUCUCUUUGUUUUUAAUUAUUUCUAAGUGUUCGUACCAUCUUCUUUUAUAAGUAUUUGGUUCCUUUCUAAGUAUUUUGACAGUAUCCUUUACAAUCUGACAGCCUUCAUUAUUACAGUGGGCGGCUACAGCCGAGCUAUCAUUGUUGUGUGCUAUGGCAGAGAUAUGUUCAUUGAAACGGACCUUUAAUUCCCUACUAGUUUCACCAAUGUAAGAUUUGGGUGUGGUACAGUCGCACUCAAAUUUGUAAACAACGUUUUUUUGGUCCCAUAUGUUAGCUUUCCUGUUAGGUACGUUUAUUUCCUUAUGUA